CAGCACUCGACUCUCAAAUCAGCGACUCAAGUCAUUCUCUCACACCACUAAUUUAGCAGCGUUGAACAUAUACUGAAGUGACUUAUAUUCAAUGGCUGUAUGUUUCGCCGACUAUUCCGCGGUGCUUUCUGCUUAUGACGCCGUCAUCAAUAAAGAGAUAGAUUGGCUUGCCCUUGCCUACGACCGAUCCUUGCAACCGGAAGGCUUCUACCUAUUUGCAACUGGCGCGAACGGUCUUUCCGGACUCGGCACAGCACUUUCAGAUCUGUCCCAGGUUUACAUCGCUUUAUAUCGAGCAGGAGACUCGGACGAUUCGGUCAUUGUCAACAUCAUUCCCGCGACCGUAUCAGGAGUGAGAAGGGCGCGUGCUUUGGUUCAUUCGAGACGGAUUGGGGCAGUGUUCCAGGCUCACAAAACAACCCUCACUGUUGAUCAUCUCUCCAACCUCACGCCGAAUAGCAUAUUGCAGGCUCUUGCUUCACCCGACGCGAUACACAUUAUCAACUCAGACCGUGCUACUGACGAGAUGGGACAAUACGCUACGCCUCUGCAGCCUUCCAACGAGCCUCUACCGAACUCCCCGGGAAAAAGCAGCAUGUUCUCGUCCCUUCUUCGCCGGAAAAAGAAACUGGGAUCUGAAGCUCUCACCAUCGAACCGUUUGAUAUAAACCAGACGUCGUUCGAUACGUCAACUCAUCUUUCCGAAGAAGGUCAGCCGCCAUUGCCACCACCUAAAGACCGAUUUGGCAAACAUUCGGUCUCGUCGUCUCCAGCACCGCUCAAUCCCCAACGAUCGUUGCCGCAAUCUCACACGACGCGGAAUCGAAGCAACUCGGAGUAUACCAUGAUCAGUCGGCCUCCCUCGAUCAGCUCUGAGGAUAUGGUUGUCAUCAGGCCUGAACAUGUGCCCCGUAGUCCAGCAAUGAAGAUGCGAUCUCUAACUCUGCCUUCCAAGUGGGCCAAAGAUAAUCUAGACCCCACCGAACGUGCUCGACAAAGAGCAGAAUCUCGGCGGCAACGCGAAUUGGAGGAACAGCAGGCUGCAGAGGACGAUGCUCAAAGAUUGUUGCAAGCCAAACUUGCCAAGGAGGAGCAGCGUCGACAAGAGCAAUUGGAAGAGGAGGCAAGAAGAGUUUCACUUGAAAAGGAGCUGAAACGUGCUGCAUUGCAACGCAAGAAACGUGAAGAGCGAGAGCGACUGGAGGAGGAGGAGAACCGAAAGCAACUUGAAGCAAGAAAACACGCUGAUCGGCUGAGGCGGAUUGAGGAACACCGCCGGCUGGAGAGCUGGCGUCGUGAACAGGAGGCACAAGCUGUUGCAUCAGCCCGGCUAGCAGAGCAAGAAAGGAAAAAAGAAGAGGAAGAACGCCGCAAUCGUAUCCGGCUGGCCGGUGCAAAAGUACGUAGCGCACAGGCCGAUGUUGAGCUCCUCACUGGUUGGGUCACUAUGCAAAUGGGCCCGACACUUGUCUGGAGACGACGAUAUUUCAGUUUCGUCGGCUCUACUGUGUUUUUCUAUCGAAGUCCCAAAGAAAAGGACGCGAAUCAAGUCAUAGAUCAGGUCAAUCUUCGCGGCCAAAUCCGCGCUGUGCGUGAAUGGAACGAGGGCUACGAAGAUCUCAAAGCCAUUCCAUUCUCUUUCGCAGUCGAAUUCGUCGGAGAUGAUCAGCCAUGGUCUCUCUUCUCUGACACUGAAGAAGAAAAGUACAAGCUCUUAGGGUUGCUGACGGCGGCAAACGGCACCUCUGUCUAAGUCCUGGCGACUUAUGUAUCUAGCUUCAAUACUAUACCCUCUCGCACACUAUACCUGACGAGCUUCUUGUAUCCAUCACUUCGCGAGUGUACGAGUCAUGCGCCCGUGAGCAGAGAUGGUGACGACGUGACGACGUGACAACUUACGAAAGGCAACCACGCGCCUCGACAUCGGCCUCGUCGAUGGGGAGCCACCUGCCUCUACAGAGCCCCUACUCACGGGGGGCUCCCGGUCUCUACAUGCCUGAAUCCCCAGCGUCUGCCACUCUCGUUCAUCCCAUCCCUCAGCAAGGCGCGCAGUUCAUUCCCAGUGCAACACCACACCCGGUCCUCGGCGGAGUUCCUGAAGAUGCCAAAAUUCACACUCUUGUGAUCGAACUUAUGGAUCCUGCGGCGAGGGAGGGUGCAUUGCUGGAACUGAGCAAGAAAAGGGAGCAGUAUGAUGACCUGGCGUUGGUCCUUUGGCACUCUUUUGGGAUUAUGCCUGCGCUCCUGCAAGAUAUCGUAUCUGUCUAUCCGCUACUCUCGCCCCCAAAUCUGACCGCACAUGUAUCGAAUCGGGUAUGCAAUGCGUUGGCUCUUCUGCAGUGCGUGGCAUCGCAUUCCGAGACCAGGCAGCUGUUUCUCAACGCUCACAUCCCACUGUUCUUAUACCCUUUCCUGAACACGACAUCGAAAACUCGACCAUUUGAAUACCUUCGGCUCACUUCACUCGGAGUCAUCGGUGCUCUUGUCAAACAAAACGAUAACAACACAGUCAUUCACUUUCUACUUUCCACGGAAAUCAUCCCGCUCUGCUUGCGUAUCAUGGAGACUGGUUCAGAGCUUUCCAAGACGGUUGCGAUCUUCAUUGUUCAGAAAAUCCUUCUGGACGAGACUGGAUUGACCUACAUUUGUCACACCUAUGAGCGAUUCUACGCUGUUGGAACGGUCUUGAGCAACAUGGUCAAUCAAUUGGUGGAGACCCAGGCUGUGAGGCUGCUCAAACAUGUCGUGAGGUGCUAUCUGAGACUGAGCGACAAUCUGAGGUUUGUUGAACCCAUUCAAUUGUCCGCUUACUGAUUUUGUUCCAGAGCGCGCGAAGCUCUGCGUGCUUGUUUACCGGAGCCUUUGCGGGACCAAACUUUCAGCGUACUUCUCAAGGGUGAUAUGGUCACUAAACGCUGCUUGACGACCUUGCUCAACAAUCUGAACGAGCCGUGAUUUCGCAAUGGCCAAAUGGGAAGCAAACAUUUUUGUAUACGUACAGGCUCCCUGUAGUAAUAUCUGCCGCAUGUACAAUCUAAAGACAUCCAUAAUUAUUGAUCAUGAUACGGACCAGCCCAGGACGGCCUUGGGGAAUGAAUCUUCAUUAGCGUAAGUAGGCUGGACGGCACCUGGAACGAGUCUAGAGAUGCCACGCUCGGGGUCUCAGAUUAGAUGUUCAAUGGAUGAUGACAUCGCUCGGUUGGUCAUCGGCACCCUUUCUUGACCGAUUCCCACAAGGUCACCCAUGAACUUCUCAGCGCCGUGUGCGAAGUACAUCGACGGGGUCUGUUCAGAGUCUCUGAAUCCUCCCUGGUACUACUCGCACAAGAACUCUCUCAUAGAUGGUAUUCCAGAUGAAUAUCUAGCGCUUGCAAGCCCCAUCAUCGCAUACUGGGUUCUCUCGCUGUUUUUCCACUACCUUGAUAUGCAGGACUGGAAGUCACUCGAAAAGUACAGAAUCAAUGAAUCUGUGACAGCCGCUUCCCGCAAUCGAGUCUCCAAGUCAGUCGUUGUGGGCGCCGUCAUCUUCCAACAAAUCCUGCAAACUGCGCUGGGUCUCGUCUGGCUUAGCCAUGACGGUCGUACGAAGAGUCUCGACCACGCCGGGAAGAUACAGAAUAUCGGAGGGUAUCUGGCUUUACUGGGGCUGGACGAAGCAACGAUGUUACGACUGGGUCAUUUUGUGUAUUGGUGGGCCGUCCCAAUAUUCCAAUUCCUUGUCGCCAUGUGUGUGCACAUUCGUCAUCUCGUCCUUGAAAUGAACUGAUCGGGGUUUCUGCGCUUGUUAGCUUCGUGAUUGAUACCUGGCAAUACUUUCUCCAUCGUUACAUGCACAUGAACAAGUUCCUCUAUCGGCAUUUCCAUUCAUGGCACCACCGACUAUCGGCUCCAUACGCUUUCGGUGCAUUGUACAACCAUCCGGUGGAAGGCUUCCUACUGGACUCACUCGGCACCGUCAUUGCUGAGUCGGUCUCGGGGAUGAGCACGCGGCAGGCUGCAUUGCUGUUCUGCGUUGCCACCUUCAAGACAGUGGACGAUCACUGUGGCUACAGCCUGCCCUGGGACCCAUUGCAGAUGUUGACUCAAAACAACGCUGAUUAUCAUGACAUCCAUCACCAG